CUCAAGUCAACUUCGAUCCUAUUCCCCUCCUAAGAGAGAAGCCGAAUGUGCCACUGAUAAUUCAGCUAAUUCCACCUCCGUUUUGGAGCAAGACCAGUCCAGGAAAAUUGUGCUAGAAAAAAAUCCCUCUCGACUAAAUAUACAAGACGAGCUCUUCACGGAUAUUGCUAGCAUAUACUUCCCUGAGAUAAAGGACUCUGAAUCAUCAACCAUGCCUACCAACCAACUUUAUAGUCGUGUUAAUGCCUUUGAAAAUGGCAAACUAGACUUCCUUACAAACGAAUCCGAUCUUCCAAAACCUCAAAUAAGGAAAGAUCUUAUUUCGUUUAUUCACUCUUCUCUUGCUAAGGAUGAAACCGUGGCCUCUUUGAAGAGCAAAGUCGCUGACCUCUACGCCGAUGUUGAAUCAUUAAAAUACUCGCACUCCCAAGCUCAAGAUGCUAAAGCUGAGCUAGAAGAGGAAUGUUCUAGUCUUAAAAAGUCCAUAUCCCUGUUCUAUGAACAGCUAGAAUCCUCAAAGUCUUCUCGUUGUGCUCUGAAGCAAGAAGUGGAUCGAAUACGUUCCCUGAUGGAAAAUACAGAUUCACAGAACCACCUACUUGUCCACGAAAACUCGUGUUUACAAGCUCAGUUAGCAUGUAGUCGGGCUAGUCUCUGUGAGGCCAAACGGAAUUUAUCAAAACAACUUGAAUGUAUUCGCAAUGAUCUUAUAGAAAGAGAGGCCAUGUUUGAAAAAAUCGUCUCUGAACGUACAUCUUUUGAAAUCCUGAAUAGACAACGAACAAACGAACUAUCUGAAUGCAAUCAAAAAAUUAUUUCUUUACGUGACGAAUUGGCAAAUUCAGAGGCUGAAGUCUUCUCGCUCGUUGCAAAAUGUGAGCAAUCGAGAAACUCUAUAGAAACCUUAGAGCAAGCGAAGAUAGUUCUUCUUGGCAAGAUUUCCGCCUUAGAAGACGAAAUUUCACGCCAUUCUGGUGCUUACCAGGAUAUUAAUUUACAGUAUCAGGAAGCAUGUAAUCAUAUUAAGCAGCUUGAAGAAGAGCGCAAGUUAGAUGAAGCGAAUACAGCCCUGGUUUUGGAGGAAAAGGCAGCCCUUGUUGUUGCUCUAGAUGCUGCUGGAAAGGAUAAAGAGGCUUUGAACCUUAGCAUUUCUAGUCUUAGUGGCGACAUGGUCAGAGUUGAACAGAAAAUCUUUUCAAUGAAGAAAGAACUUUCUGACAGGUCAUCUCGAUUGGCUUUCUUGGAAUCUACUAACGAGGAUUUAAAAAAUGAUCUUAAAACUGCAUCAGAUCGGUUGGAAGAGAUGUCAGCCCAAUUUGAAGGCGCUCUACGGGAUAAAGAUAUUCUCCAAACUACUCUUAAAACAUUAACUGAGGAAAAUAAUGGCCUUAAAGACGAUAUUGUGCGUCUUUCUUUGGUCCUUGAGGCUGCGCAAUCAGCUAUUCAACCUGCCUGCAUCGAAGCAUCUGAAGCAGCACAAAGAGGGAUGAAAGAGCAACUUGAUAUCAUGAAGAAUGGUCUAAACUUGAAAGAGUCUCAUUUAAAUGAUCUAAAAAAGCAGAUUGAAGUUCUUCUCUUGGAACAACAAAAAUAUGCAAAUCUUAUCCAUGAGCACUCAGAAUUACAGGCCAACUUUGAUCGCCUUUCUCUUGAAUAUCUACAAGCUUGUGAAAAUGCUAGUAGUAAGCAUACACACAUGGUCCAACAGCUUGAUGAGUUUAAACUAAAUACUCAACAAGUCUUAAAAGAAAAAUCGUCUGAGAUAAAAAUUCUUUCUAGCCAAAAUGAGUCCUUCAAAAAAGAGGUGUUUAGACUAAAGGAUGAACUAAGUUUGCUAGAGGCAUCCAAUGCAUCUGCUUUAGCCUCGGAAUGGUCUGAUAAACUGAUUAAGAGCGAAGCUGAACGCUGUGAAAUUGAGGCCAAAUUGACCGAGUCAAGACAAAAAAUCUUUGACAUAUCUGCUCAAUAUAGUAAUGAGGUUGCCAAUCUUCAAAGCGAGAUUGUUCGUUUGGAGAGCCGG